GUGCGCGGACUGAAUUGGGACGCGGCCGCGCGGUGCUAAGCAGCGGCCCUUCCUGUUUGACCGCGCGCCCGCCGUAUCGCGCGAGCCACACUGACGCCGUGACGCCGGACGGCGCAGCGCACUCGAGUAUGUCUGCGCGCGACCAGCGCGAGAGAGGCGAGCUUAUUUGCUUUCCGACGUGAUCCGCGAGACCGCGACAUGUCGCCAUGAUCCCGCCGAGUAGUUCCUGAUGCAUAUGCUUUUUUAGAUGAAUUAUUACUAGGCGUCGUCGCGAGCCGUAACGCUUUUCUGUUUCGGGUUUCUUUUUUUUCGCAGCCGCGAGCCUGUCAAUGAUUAGUGUCGCAGGCGCGCGCGCUCAUGGCGGAGACUAAGAUCAUCUAUCACAUCGAUGAGGAGGAGACUCCUUAUUUAGUCAAACUCGCCGUUUCUCCCGACAAAGUCACGCUCGCAGACUUCAAAAAUGUGCUCAGCAAUCGGCCCGUCAAUAGCUACAAAUUCUUCUUCAAGUCCAUGGACCAGGAUUUCGGGGUGGUCAAAGAAGAGAUAUCUGACGAUAACGCCAAGCUGCCCUGCUUCAAUGGAAGAGUGGUGUCCUGGUUGGUGCUGACUGAAAGCACACACUCAGAUGGCGGAUCUCAGUGCCCAGAGAGUCACGCCGAGCUGCCGCCCCCGCUGGAGCGAACAGGAGGCAUCGGAGACUCGAGACCCCCCUCAUUUCAUGCCAAUGCGGUGAGCAGUCGGGAUGGAUUGGACACAGAGACAGGCACAGAGUCUCUUGUAAGCCAGAGAAGGGAGCGCGAGAGGAGCCGCAGGGCACGGGACAACAAGCUCCCUCGGUUAAACGGACACUCGAAGGCUGAGCGUGCUAAUCGAGACUCAGCCAUGGGCUACGACAGCACCUCCAUGAUGAGCAGCGAGCUGGAGUCAAGCUCCUUUAUUGACAGUGAGGAAGAUGAGGAUGCCAGCAGAUUGAGCAGCUCCACAGAGCAGAGUACGUCUACUCAACUCAUGCGGAGACAUAAGCGCAGACGACGAAGACAGAAAGUGGCCAAAAUGGACAGGUCCUCAUCGUUCAGCAGCAUAACAGAUUCCACUAUGAGUCUUAACAUUAUCACGGUCACUCUCAACAUGGAGAAGUAUAAUUUCCUGGGCAUCAGCAUAGUCGGACAGAGUAAUGACCGAGGAGAUGGAGGGAUAUACAUCGGCUCCAUCAUGAAAGGUGGCGCCGUCGCAGCUGAUGGACGCAUUGAGCCUGGAGACAUGCUGUUGCAGGUGAAUGAUGUCAACUUCGAGAACAUGAGUAACGAUGAUGCUGUAAGGAUUCUGAGGGAAAUCGUCUCCAAGCCUGGACCCAUAAGCCUCACCGUGGCUAAGUGCUGGGACCCCUCUCCUCGCAGUUACUUCACCAUCCCCAGAGCGGAGCCUGUCAGACCGAUCGACCCUGCUGCCUGGAUCUCACACACUACAGCACUUACUGGAACUUAUCCCCACUACGAGCUCGAUGACUUGCCUCUCUCAGCUAAUAAGACUGAAAUGGCUACAAUAGUCAAAGUGAUGCAGUUGCCAGAUUCAGGACUUGAGAUCCGAGACCGGAUGUGGCUUAAGAUCACCAUAACAAAUGCUGUCAUUGGUGCUGAUGUUGUGGACUGGCUGUAUUCACGGGUGGAGGGCUUCAAGGACCGACGCGACGCCCGGAAAUACGCCAGCAGUUUGUUAAAACACGGCUACCUUAGACACACCGUCAACAAGAUCACCUUCUCUGAACAGUGCUACUAUACGUUUGGAGAUCUGUGCCAAAACAUGGCCUCUCUCAACCUGAACGAUGGAUCCAGUGGUGGUGGUUCAGAGCAAGACACUCUCGCGCCCCUCCCUCCAGCCGGUCCCAACCCGUGGCCUGCAGGUGGGCAGCCGUACCCGUAUCCAGGCUACCCGAACCCACCGCCAGGCUUUCCACCUGGGUACUCGGAGCCCUGUCACAGCUUCCACAGCGGCAGUGCCGGCAGCCAGCAAAGCGAAGGCAGUAGAAGUAGCGGCUCUAACCCCAGCGCAGGUAAAGGAAGGAGGUCCUCUCCGCGAGACAAGGAGCACAGGUCGACGUGCUGCGUGGGAACAGACUCUGAACCAGUUCCAUGGCCUGGCGUUCAGAGCCAGAGAGCGGCCAGUCAGUUGAGCCAUCACAGCCACACCUGCUCCAGACCCAGCCAUGCUGCAUCCCAGCGGAGCCACAGUGUGUCCCAGCACAGCCAUGCCUCUUUCUCCUACAGCCACGCCCCCUUCACUCAGCUCGGCCACGCAUCCUGCGCGCACAGCGAGAGGAGCCACGCGUCCUCGUACGGCCCCCCAGGCCUUCCCCCUCCGUACUGCCUGGCACGGCUUGCUCCUAGAGCCACCGUGAGCAGUGGUCCUCCCGGAGCUCCCCCCGUGCGCGAGUUAGCAAACGUCCCUCCCGAGCUCACAGCCAGUCGGCAGUCCUUUCAGCACGCCAUGGGUAACCCAUGUGAGUUCUUUGUUGAUAUCAUGUGACAGGAACAGUGCCUUUCACUUCUUAAGAGCACAGAUCCUCCGUACUCCCCUUUGCACCCUUUGCAAAUUCUUGCUACUGACUAUCCCAGCAUUGAGAAUGUACCCACCAUCGUCCCUCAGUGGAGGACACUAAAUAAAAAAAAUAAAUAAAAAAUAGCACAGCAUUCUGCACUGGCAAAGCAAUGACAUGGUUUUAGAUGUUAGGUGUUAAAAUGGCUGCUGUAGAGUUGUUUGUGGCGCAGAGCAGAGCUCUCUUGUAUACUGAGUGUAUAUACACUUCAUCAGAGAUGAACGGGAAGCCAAAGGUCGCACUUACAGCCGAACCUUUGUAGCUAAUCUGCAUUUAAGCAAACCAGCAGUUGAUGUCAAACUAAGUCAAUCUAACAAAUAAGUAAUUGCCAAAAAUGGGACAUUGGUCGUGUCUGCAUUUUGUAAACAUCUUCAAUGAGUUCGGCACUUAGUGUAAAGCUUAGCACACAUGACUGCUGAAAUUCAUUUCAGAAGUCAUUAGUUGUAAAUGUUUUCUGGAGGCAAUGAUGCAUUUCUCUGAGAUUCCUUGGUAUUUAAAGCUCAUAAUGUAUUCAUGAUGUCCAAGCGACAAUCAGUCAUGCAAGUCUUAGAACAUGACUUAAAACAUGUACCACAUCUUUGUAGUUAAAUGACUUCAUUCUGCCAAAAUGCUCAUAUGCUAUUACACAGGAAGUUCUUUUGCCUGGAUAAUACAAUGAACUGAUAAUUUCCUAUAACCUGAUGCUGUACGUGCAAUAAAGCAUUGCUCAGACACUCAGUGACGUCCUGCCGAUGGCCUCAGUCAGCGUCAAGACAAGUGGAAGUUCAUAUGAGAGAAGUUGACAUCGAUAUCAAAUGCUGUUGGUCGACAUUAAGCUGUGUUUAACUUUUCGUUUUACAAACGUAUGAUUGUUUUAACUUGGAUAAAGAAAGACUUGUUUUGUGUUUGCAUUUUGUGAUGAAGUGGUAAAAUCUAAAAGUACUUUUUAAACAUGCCCCUGCUUAUCCCUUUUCCCAGAUCUCAGUGGGUAAAAAAAGCAACAGCAUCAUUUUAACUUAUGAAGCACUUUUAAAAAAAAACUUACCUGUUUGGCCCUUUAGUAUAAAACACUGUUCGUAAUGAAAGCUAUUUACUUUAUUUCUUCAAAUAAAGAGAAAUAACAAAUUGUACAUAAUGGAAAAAUAUAUAUUAUAUAUAAUUGAAAAAAAGAAUAAAUAAAAUAUAUGAGUUAA